CGCUAGUUGUCAAAUUUUGAACAUCGAAGAUAGAUUCAAUAGAUUGAUAUUGCUGAAAUUCAUGAAAGAAACUGAGUAAGCAAUGAGUAAGGUUAUGUUUCCUCGGUCUCCACAAAAUAAAUCAUCGUGAAUAUUCAUGAACUUUUAUAUUGUUAAUUGUUCUUGAAUAUGUCGCCAACAAACAGUGAAACAAGUACAACAAACGAAGAAACGACAAAGAGCCCAGUAGAAUUAGAUACAGACAAGUGGUUUAUAAGAGAUUGUGAAAUCUACAAGGAUGAAUACAAGGAGUGCACAAGUUUCCGCGGCCGUUUCCACCAGUACUUCAUUUUCGGUGAAACCCUCAACUGCAACCAGUGGAAGAAGGAUUAUUAUAACUGCUGCAAGUGGGAAUCUGACAGUGAUGAGAAGGCAGCGACAGCACUCAUAGAGAGUGAAAAGGCGCGUCGCUUGGAAAGACUAAAAGCCCACUACAGAAAUGACAUCUGGAAGAAGCGAGAGGGUCCACCCGCGGACUGGGAUAAACCUCUACCUGAGUGGAUGCAGAAGAGACAGGAGAACACAUACCUGGACCACAAAGCUAAGGAAUAUAGAGAAGGCACGCUAGGAGAGACUCCUGGAGAAUGGGGGUGUUCUAUCAUGUGAUAUAAUUAUAUACAAAUUAGCAUUAAUAUUUAAUAAAUAUAUGUAGGUGUUUGAGUUUUA